AAAGUGGAUUAAAACAGAAAUUAAGCAAACUCAAAACCCCACAAAAGAGUCAAACAACCAAUAGAAUCAGUCAACCAUAGCAGUGAUUGAAAACCUUAUCCAUUCACGUUUAACCACGUGUCCACCGCAGUUGAAACCAUACUUUCUCACAAGAAUCCAAUGAAAUUAAACUCUCCUUAUACAACUACACCAUAACUCCUACAUUUCCAUCCUUAUUUUAGCACUCCAUACUCUCCCUGUAUAAAUAAUCCAACUCGGGCAUGGUUUAGCGAUUCACUCUAAAUACAUUGAACCCUUUCUCUUUUAUUUCCUCACAAACAAAAAAUGGCGCAAAAUUCUACACUCUCUCUCUUAAUUGUUUUCUCUCUUCUUUCUCUCUCUUCCCUCUGUUUUGCCCAUAAUUAUAUGGAUGCUCUUAGAAAGAGCAUUCUUUUCUUUGAAGGCCAACGCUCUGGUAAACUCCCCCCUGAUCAACGCCUUCAUUGGCGCCGCGAUUCCGCCCUUCGUGACGGUCACUCUAUUGGUAAAGACUUAACCGGUGGAUAUUAUGAUGCGGGGGACAACAUAAAGUUUGGAUUCCCAAUGGCAUUUAGUGUCACACUCCUAUCAUGGAGUGUGAUAGAUUUUGGUAAAAAUAUGAGGAGUGAGCUCCCCAACGCGCUCAAAGCAGUGCGCUGGGGAACCGACUACCUCUUAAAGGCCACGGUCGAGGUACCAAACGUUAUGUAUGUUCAAGUUGGUGAUCCGUACUCAGACCAUAAUUGUUGGGAGAGGCCCGAGGAUAUGGACACCUUAAGGAGUGUGUAUGCCAUUGAUCGCAAGCAUCCAGGGUCCGACGUUGCUGGAGAGACUGCCGCGGCAUUGGCUGCUGCCUCAAUCGUGUUUAGGUCUCGUGAUCGUGCCUAUUCUCGUUUGCUCCUUAGUCGCGCCAUCAAAGUGUUCAAUUUCGCAGACAAACAUCGAGGUGCAUACAGUUCGAGUCUAAAAAGAGCAGUUUGCCCGUUUUACUGUGAUAAUAACGGUUACCAGGACGAGUUGCUAUGGGGAGCUGCAUGGUUGCACAAGGCCACAAGAAGGCGCAAAUAUAGAGAGUACAUAGUGAAGAACGAGGUCAUAUUAAGAGCUGGAGACACUAUUAAUGAAUUUGGAUGGGAUAAUAAGCAUGCUGGGAUCAAUGUCCUCAUUUCCAAGGAAGUGUUGAUGGGGAGAGCCGAUGACUUGAAAAAUUUCAAGAACAAUGCGGAUGAUUUCAUAUGUUCAGUGAUUCCCGGUGUUGCUCACCCACAAGUACAAUAUUCUCCAGGUGGGUUGAUCUUCAAGACUGGAGGAAGUAACAUGCAACAUGUAACGUCCCUAUCUUUCCUACUUCUAGCUUACUCUAACUAUCUAAGCCACUCCAAUCACCAAGUGCCAUGUGGCGGAAUCGUAGCUUCUUCUGCUCUCCUAAAACAAUUUGCCAAACGUCAGGUGGAUUACAUACUAGGGGAUAAUCCAAUAAGGAUGUCAUACAUGGUGGGCUACGGGCCACGAUAUCCACAAAGGAUACAUCACAGGGGCAGUUCUCUUCCAUCAGUCCAUGUUCAUCCGGCCCACAUCGGCUGUAAAGAGGGCUCUCGAUACUUCCUCAGCCCAAACCCUAACCCAAAUAAGCUUGUUGGAGCAGUUGUUGGUGGGCCUAAUGUCACAGAUGCCUUUCCAGAUUCCAGGCCUUACUUUCAAGAGUCCGAGCCCACUACAUACAUUAAUGCCCCUCUAGUGGGCCUUCUUGCCUACUUUUCAGCCCAUCCUUGAUACCUAAAUUAUUAUUAAAAAUUUUCUAUGGAAAGUAGGGCAAGGUAUAGAGGUGAGCAAAUUGCCACCCUAUGGAAAAUUGUAAUGUAUCACAUUCUUGCUAAAAUGUCAAUUAUGUUUCAAUUUGUUAA